GGCAGGCAGGUGUUCCAUCGGGCACAAAUGUGCAAAAGGGAAUUUCUGGAAUAAUUGCCGGUGCAGUGCUGGAAGAUGCCAGCCUCCAUCCCAGAGGCAGACAGGAGGCACAGAGCCUCAGCAGCAUUUUCUCUGAGUUUCCUCUCUUUAGUCUUCUCCAUCACAGCUUUCAGCAGCAGUUACUGGUGUGAAGGCACCAGGAAAGUCGCCAAACCUUUCUGCAAAGGAGACAGCAAAGGGGAUCUGUGCAUCCGCUUCAACAGCCCCGAUGGCAACGGCAGCCAGGCUGUGCAGUACAUCUGGGAGACCGGGGAUGACAAGUUUGUGGAGAAGAAGUUCCACGCUGGCAUCUGGUAUUCCUGUGAAGAAAUGAUCAAUGAAGAAGGUGAGACAUGUAGAAGCUUUAUCAGUCUGACACCAGCUUCUGAUCGAGGGGUUUUAUGGCUGUCUAUUGUAGCAGAGCUUCUCUACGUGGUUUUGCUCCUGACUGGGAACAUUCUCAUGUCAGUAGAAAUAUGCUACUACAGCUCUGUCAUUGAUGGGCUGAAGAUCAACGCCUUCUCUGCAGUGGUCACCGUGUUAGCAGGUCUUCUGGGCAUGGUUGCUCACAUGAUGUACACAACUGUAUUUCAAAUGACUGUAAAUCUUGGUCCUGAGGACUGGAGACCUCACACUUGGGAUUAUGGCUGGUCCUAUGGCCUUGCAUGGACCUCCUUCGCUUGCUGCAUGGCUGCAGCUGUCACCACUAUUAACAAAUAUACAAAAACUAUCUUGGAAUUCAAGCACAAGAGAAAAAAGCUGGAAAGGAGCUUUAGGAUUCAAUACAGGUUUCCUGAGCACACAGCUCCAGAGAAGGUUUGCAAUGUGUAUGUGAACUCUUUCCAAAACACCACAGACGACCCCGCACACGCAUUGAGAAGUCUUCGUCACCUGGCCACGAUUUCAGUCCUGUAAAGCUGAACCAGAUCUCAAAGCACUCUGUAAAUCACAAUCCUAGAUCCAAACAAAGCAGUGCUAAUGAAUAAAAUGUAUAAAUGUGUAGCAUUAUUUAUUUUUCUUAAUAAAGAAAUUGUAUUUCCUGGAUGUUUCAAGGAAGUCUUGGUAUUGGAAAAGAAGGUUCAGGUGGCUCAGUUCAGAUAACAACAGUGACGCAGGUUCCCCCCAGGUCUAGUUUUUAAGCAGUUUCUAAUGGUGAUAGACACUAUGUGAGUUUCUUAGAAUUUUAGAACAUCACUCCACCCUGAUUCUUUAUUAAAAAGACUAAAAAAUUCCAUCCUGAAACCAAAACCCAUGAGAAGCAGGGCAGCAAAUAAAGCAUGUGGUGCACAGCUUGCAUAAUUUUUUGUGGUGGAAAGUUCACUCUCUCCAAGAAAAUCCGUGGACCUCAAUUUAUGGUUCAAGAGUUUCACCACACACACACAGUGGAUUUGCUGUGAAAGGAAGGCUGGUAGAGGGAACAGG